CUCAAACACACAUCAUGAUUCGUGAAUGGAAAAUUUACAGUCUUAUUUUCGACAGAGAAAAUGCGAGAUCCCACCUUUAAAAUUUUCAUUUUAGUCAGUCGAAAAAUAAGAUCCCGUUCGUUACAUUAAAUGUGAAUACUCUUCUCGCAGACAAGUACAAGUGAAAAUAUUGUCACCUUAAUAGCCGAUUUGGUCACAUAUUUUAAGAUUGAAAACGAAAAUUCAAUGGAAACGAACGGAAAAUGUGCAGUAUGCGAUGCUGAAUGCAGUUUAAAGUGCACUGCAUGUAAAUGUGUUUCGUAUUGUGGCAUUGAACAUCAGAAAAAGGAUUGGAAAACUCAUAAAUUGGAAUGUCGCCCAUUGGAAAUAGCACAUUCCGAUCAAUUAGGUCGUUAUGUACGUGCAUCUCGCGAUAUUAAGGCCAAGAGUGUUAUAUUUAGUGAAGCGCCAUUAAUAGCUGGUCCAAAAUGGUGCAUGGACGAUUAUGAGAGACAGGAGCCGAUUUUCCCAUGUGUCGGAUGCUUUAAGCCAGUUAGAAUCGAUCAGUUGGGAUGUCCUAGAUGCAACUGGCCGGUGUGUUCUACGACUUGCGAAGGACUGGAAAAUCCACAAUUUCAUGGAUUAGAAUGUGCGGUAUUACGAACUGGUAAACAGAUCCAGGAUAAAAGCAACAUUAAGUUAUUGCUUGAUUACUAUCGCAGCGAAGCACUGCUGACUCUCCGUUGCGUUCUGCUUCAGUUGAAGUAUCCACAGAAAUGGAAACAACUUCUCGAGCUGGAGAGUCACGAUGACGAUCGAAAGGGAACAAAAUAUUUUGAAGAAGCAGAGCAACGCAUCGUGUCGUACUUAAAAACCAAUUUUCUGGACAAAAUAAAUGCUGAGUCGGUUAAGGCUCAAGGAAAAAAUUUAAUUCCAAACUGUGAAUCGAAGGACUUACAUCGACUAUGUGGCAUUAUGGAAGUGAAUGCGUUGAAUGUUAAUCUGCCCACUGGCAUGGAAAUUUGUGCUUUGUAUCCUACCGCGUGUCUAUUGGAACAUUCAUGCAUGCCGAACUGUUUCUAUACCUUCGACUUUACGAAGCAUUACAAGAUAACCAUGAUUGCUGGACGGGACAUUAAAAAGGGUGAAAAUCUGUCCAUUAUGUACACGCACAUGCUGUGGGGAACUCAAAUGCGCCACGAACACUUGAUGACGAACAAAUAUUUUGUGUGUAAAUGUCCACGGUGUGCCGAUCCGACUGAACUGGGCACAUUCAUCAGUGCAUUGAAAUGUAUCGGUCCGGAAGAGGACAUCGCUUGCGGAGGAACAUUGCUGCCCACCGAUCCACAUGAUGAAGCUACCGAAUGGUUUUGUGAUCGAUGCCCUGUACGAAUUGCCAACGAUCAAGUGAAAUUUUUACUAUCAAACAUCGAAGAGGAGGUCGAUGCUUUGAUGUUGGAACGGGAAACGACAGUAAAACAGUUGGAGGAAUUGAUUGAAAAGCUGAAACAGUUCUUGCAUCCAAAUCACUUUCACAUCUUCUCGUUGAAACAUUCGUUGAUUCAACGAUAUGGCACUCAAACGGACUAUUUAUUGGCUGACCUAUCUGAAGAGCUGCUCAAGCGAAAAAUCGACAUGUGUAACGAGUUGUUGAGUAUUGUUGAUGUUAUUGAUCCACAUGCGAUUCGAUUGUCACUCUAUACGGGCAUCGUAUUGUAUGAACUGCAAUUAGCAACAGUAGAACUUGAGAAAAGGAGGAUUAAAGCAGCGAAGGAAAACAACGAACCAUACGAUUAUGAGGAGUUAUACAAUGCUGAAGGCUAUUUGCGGCGAGCUAAAAUUGUUCUGGAGAAUAACGUGGACAUACCACAGGGGAAAAAGUUUAUUGAAGCAGUGGUCAAAUCUUCAGAGAAUUUAGAGGCUCUUUUUGAACAAAUAAAAUUGUAAAUUAAAGAAGGGAAACAGACACGUUAACUUUGUUAACUUCUUUGGAAUUGGAAAGAACAAAGUGUAUGGUGCUUUGGAAGGAACGUUGUAUGAACUCUACUUGAAUCAAUAAAAUUUUAUUUAUUUGUGACGAAGCUAUCUGAAGAUAAGGAAUUGAAACUAUGAGCGUAAAUGACAAUGAGUCCAGGAUCGAUUCAAUUCUUCUACCCUCUUCACGCAAAAAAAAAGUCGUACGGAUAAAACGUACAUUUCGACGAUGAGACCAAUGGUUGAGUUAUCAGUACAAUGUACGAAUAAAACGUAUAUUGGAAA